AUGAAGACCUCCGCCGCCAUCGCCGCCCUGACCAGCUUCGGCGCCGUCGUCCUGGCCGCCGACUGUCCCGCCGCCGGCACGACCAACGCCGCCGGCGACUACAGCUGCAACCCGGCGCACCAGUACCCGGCGGGCCAGACCUGCGUCGAGGUCAACGGCUGCUACGUCCUCCGCUCCUCCGCCGCCUCCAGCAGCAACAGCGCCGCCCCAGCCCCCUCGCAGGCCUGCGCCGCCCCCGGGUCGACCAACGCCAAGGGCGACUACAGCUGCAACCCGGCGCACCAGUAUCCCGCGGGCCAGACCUGCGAGCUCGUCGACGGGUGCUACGUCCUGCGCUCCGCCGCCCCGUCCUCCACCUCCUCCGGCGGCCCUGCCCCCUCGCAGACCUGCGCCGCCCCCGGCUCGACCAACGCCAAGGGCGACUACAGCUGCAACCCGGCGCACCAGUAUCCCGCGGGCCAGACCUGCGAGCUCGUGGACGGGUGCUACGUCAUCCGGGCCCCUGCCAGCAGCACCGCGGCCCCCCCGCCGCAGACGACGACGGCCUCGUGCGCCGCGCCCGGCACGACCGGCUCCGCCGGCGAGUACAGCUGCAACCCGGCGCACCAGUACCCGGCCGGCCAGACCUGCGUCCAGGUCAACGGGUGCUACGUCCUGCGCGGCGGCGGCGGCGCCGCCACGACGACGGGGCCCAGCCCUCCCGUCACCGCCGGCGCGGCCCAGGUGUCGGGUGCCCUGUCCGCGGUCGCGGGCCUGGUGGCUGCCGCUGUCUACGGGCUCAUGUAA